AUGUUGUAUUCAUAAUUGUCAACAUACGUAAUCUGGGAUUGUCAUUCGUUGUGAAUGCUACUAUCUUUCUUGUUGUUAUGCUGUUUUCCGUGAUUAAGUUGUUAUUGUUGUUGUUGUGUUAUAGGUUAGUUUAUCUUUUUGUUGUUAAGUUUUGUUAAAUAUGGACGAUGCCGGUGCAGGCCCGAGUGGCCUACAACAAUUACGCUCUCAGGUUAAUCAAAGCCUACAGCGACCAAAACGUGGCCCCAAAGUUGACUGUGAAAAUAAAACAACGUCUCCUAAGAAGAAGAGAAUGAAGCAAAAUCCACUGAGUUCUACAGAAAAGCAAACUGUAAUUAAUAUUUACAAACAAAUUAAGGAGUCCUGGCCUGUAGGUACUCCAGCUUUUAGAACGCAAAUAAUAAAUAAAACUGCUGAAGUUGCAGGUAAGAAACCGAAGCCGGAUUUUAAAAGAACUUCACUAUAUAAAAUAAUAAAGGAUAAAUUAAAAUUCACUUAUGUUAAAAGGAGCAGAAAAAGUGCACUCAUUGACAAGCAGGAGAUUGUAUUGUGGCAUGUAAAAUAUCUGCAUGAAAUAAAAAGAUUUCACAAUGAAGGAAGAAAGAUAUAUUAUUUAGAUGAGACUUGGUUAAAGGUAUUUUUGAAGGUAUUUUUUUUUUCACUCUGGUGCCUACUAUUAACAUUUAUUUCAUAUAAAAGGAUUACAGUUAACUAGUAAAUUUAAGUUCAAUUAAAAGUCAUGUGAAUAAUGUCAUAUAUAUCCAUAAAUAUGUUAACCCUUAAAUGCAUAAUGCCAUCAUUAUGCAUUUAAGGGUUAACAUAUUUAUGAAUUUGAGUGCGUAGGCUUGUGUAUUGUUGCAUGGCGAUUUCUAAUAGUGUAGAUCGUAGACAGAGUAACUAUUAGACGGAAGUACUGUGUGACCGGGUAUGAGAUAGCGAUAACUCACACAUAUACAAGUACUUAUUGAUACAUGUGUGCGUAAAGUGUUGCGUGAAAUUAACUCAUUACCUGAUAAAUGGGGAAAUUUUACCAUUUGUGGGAUUUAAAGCUUUUUUAGCAAUGUGUAUUGCUUAAGAUAUGUUA